AUGAAGUUUUCUGGUUUUAACGAUGGAGCUCAAACAGUGGUUGAACCUACAAAUCAAGAGAGUCUUGUGUCCUUCGAGGAGGUGGCUGUGUAUUUCUCUGAGGAGGAAUGGUCUCAACUGCAUCCUGACCAAAAAGUACUCCAUUCUGAAGUCAUGCUUGAAAAUCAUAGGAAUGUGGUCUCACUGGGUAAUGGGCAGGAGAAUCAAGAUUCCUGUGAAGUGUUCCAAGCAAUCAAUGCUGAAGAUGGAACGAAGAACUUUGGAAUUCAAAUGGAAUUAGAAAGCCAUGAAAGAAACCAGCCAAACAAUUGGAAUCAGGAAAGCUCAUCUUCCAUUAAUACUCUGUUGCAUGACUUUCUUGCCCAACAAGAGAAAACAAGGAAAAAAUACAUUGGGAAAAGUGUGAAGCUAAUUAAAACUAAAUUACAUAAAUGCAUGGAGUGUGGAAAGACCUUUGGUCAAAAAAGUCAUCUUUUUCACCAUAAGAUGAUCCACACAGGCGAAAAACCAUAUAAAUGCAUGGAGUGUGGAAAGACCUUUGCUCAAAAAGGUCAUCUUUUUCACCAUAAGAUGAUCCACACAGGCGAAAAGCCAUAUAAAUGCAUGGAGUGUGGAAAGACCUUUGCUCGAAAUAGUAAUCUUCUUCGCCAUAAUAUGAUCCACACGGGAAAAAGUCCGUAUAAAUGCAUGGAGUGUGGAAAGACCUUUGCUCGAAAUAGUCAUCUUUUUUGCCAUAAGAUGAUCCACACAGGCGAAAAACCAUAUAAAUGCAUGGAGUGUGGAAAGACCUUUGCUCAAAAAGGUCAUCUUUUUCACCAUAAGAUGAUCCACACAGGCGAAAAACCAUAUAAAUGCACAGAGUGUGGACAGACCUUUGCUCGAAAUAGUAAUCUUUUUUGCCAUAAGAUGAUCCACACAGGGCAAAAGCCAUAUAAAUGCAUGGAGUGUGGAAAGACCUUUUCUCGAAAUAGUCACCUUCGUUGCCAUAAGAUGAUCCACACAGGGGAAAAGCCAUAUAAAUGCAUGGAGUGUGGAAAGACCUUUGCUCGAAAUAGUCAUCUUCUUCGCCAUAAGAUGAUCCACACAGGGGAAAAGCCAUAUAAAUGCAUGGAGUGUGGAAAGACCUUUGCUCGAAAUAGUCAUCUUCUUCGCCAUAAGCGUAGUGGGCAGGAGAAUCAAGAUUCCUGUGAAGUGUUCAAAGUGAUCAAUGCUGAAGAUGGAACGGAGAACUUUGGAAUUCAAAUGGAAUUAGAAAGCCAUGAAAGAAACCAGCCAAACAAUUGGCAUCGGGAAAGCUCAUCUUCCACUAAUGCUCUGAGGCAUGAAAUUCUUGCCCAACAAGAGAAAAUAGGGAAAAAAUAUAUUGGGAAAAGGCACACAGGGGAGAGACUGUAUAAAUGCAUGGAAUGUGGAAUGUCCUUUUCUCAAAAAGGUAAUCUUUUUUGCCAUAAGAUGAUCCACACAGGUGAAAAACCAUAUAAAUGCACAGAGUGUGGAAAGACCUUUGCUCGAAAAAGUAAUCUUCUUUACCAUAAGAUGAUCCACACAGGGGAAAAGUCAUUUAAAUGCAUGGAGUGUGGAAAGGCCUUUGUUCAAAAUAGUCAUCUUCUUCGCCAUAAGAUGAUCCAUACAGGGGAAAAACCAUAUAAAUGCAUGGAGUGUGGAAAGACCUUUGUUCGAAAUAGUCAUCUUCUUUGCUCUGAGCAGUAG